UGAACGUCAUGAGCAACUAGCUAGCUAACGAACACACCAACUAGCAAAUGAACACUUCUUUCUUUCUAAUAGCUAAGUUGUUAGUGGCUUAAAUUACCUACGCAUGUUAGCUUUCUAAGCACAACUAAGUAAGUUAGUUUCACAUUUAGCUAACUAGCUAGUUCAACAUGGACGUUUUACGUCCACCUCUUAUUAAUAUUGACGGUAGAAUGUACCGAAGAAAUAUAAUUAAGGAAGAACAUUAUCAAGAAGAAGAUGAUUUUUCCUGCACAGGGCCACUUGACAACGAAGAGCUUGCAGCAGAUGAUGUGUGUGAUACCCACUUUAUUGAGCAGACUGACAGAGGAUACCGCUGUGCUAUUGACGUACCAAGUGUUCUUUACAAAUACAUCAUUGGUAAAAAAGGAGAAACACGCAGGCGCAUAGAGUCUGACACUAAAACAUCUAUCAGCAUCCCAAAACCAGGACUGGAAGGACAGAUCGUUAUCACAGGGUCCCACAAAGUUGCAGUUUCCUCCGCAGUCACGCGAAUCGAAGUCCUUGUUGAGAAUUUUCGAAGAAAGCAGCCUUUCACCCACUUUUUGUCAUUUCCCUUGAAUGAUCCUAAAAUUCAGGAAGGAUUCCUGAGAUUUAAAGAAGAGGUGCUGCAGAAUAGUUCACAGGAUCACGGAGUGGAGGAAAGCAUUUUUCAGAACCCUGCAAAACUUCACCUCACAAUCGGCACCUUGUCCCUGUUAAAUGAUGCAGAGGUCAAACAAGCAUGUGAGCGCCUGCACGAGUGUCAAACCUUCAUCAGGGACAUCACAGAAGGAAAUCCCCUGCCUCUGGAGGUGUCAGGUAUAGAGUACAUGAAUGAUGACCCAGCCAUGGUUGACGUGUUGUAUGCCAAGGUCAAUGUGAAAGACAGAUCAGACAAGUUGCAAGUGAUUGCGGACCGGCUGGUAGAGCACUUUGUCUCUUCAGGGCUGAUGGUCAGAGAGUGGGACAGAGUGAAGCUACAUGGGACCGUGAUGAACACGCUUUUCAGGAAGGACUCCACAGUUGAAGACACGAGCGUCCCAGGAAGGCAAAAUGUGGGCGAACGAGAGGCUUUCGAUGCCAGAAAUAUAUUAAAGAAAUUUGACUCUUAUUAUUUUGGAGAGUUCAAGCUGAACUCUGUGCAGCUGUCUCAGAGAUAUUCUGCAGAUUGUACAGGCUACUACAGCUCUGCAGGAGGCAUCAGCUUCUCGUGAUCCUCUACAGGGCAAAACGUUUUUCCAGGGACAUGAUUAAGAAUGCAUCGGGCAGAUGUCCUCAGUAGUGAGCGUACUGCAAACACAUGACGGAACAUACGUCAUCCUCAGACACUGAGGACAGAUGUAGUUUGUCAGGCGAUCUCAAUAUAAGAUGAUCGCACUGCGUGUUCAUUUGCAUGGCCAUAUGUGUGUUUUCUUAAAAAGACAGCGAGCAUAUUGGACUGGAACGGCAAUAAACAAUUUAUUUUAUAUGCAUUUCUGCUCAUCUAUUUAUUUACCCUGGUAAUUAAAGAUACUUUAAUUACCUCGCAGCCCAUAUAUAAUGUUUAAAAUCAUUGCACGUUAUAGUCUGUGUACUGUGUAUAUAUAAAAACAUGCACUAUAAUGUGCAGCGACUUAUUUAAGCAAAUUUUUAUGUGCCUGAUUUUUAUGCACUGCUUAUGUUUUUAAAUAAGGGACUAAAUUACUUUGCCAAGCUCAAGGGGACAUUUGUUGAAUAACUUUUUUUUGUAUCAUCAGCAGACCAAAACUAAAACAUAUUCAAUUUACAAGUAGUACAGAGGAGACAAAAACCGAUGCACUGUAAUGAGAAAUAUCGCAUGAAAAGGCCAUGAUUAAAAAGGUCUCCUUCGCUGACCGGUGUCACGUCGCUAUGCGUGUCUGUGGGUGAGCGUCCUUAUGCUCACAUACAUAUUUCUUGUCUUUGCAAGGCUCUCGCCUUAAUUAGUCAGCUUUAUCCUUCCUGCUGUGGAACUUCCAACCUGACCCUCGAGAGUUUGAGGCUUUCAGAGGCUUUCAGGCUGAUGAAUGAGACAUCAGGGCCUGUAGGUGUUUUUGCUUACCUGGUUCCUGUGUGGGUCCCUUGGUUCUAAAGAUCAGAGGAGAAGCUGGCUGGAUUUAAAGUCAAAUGUUUACCUGCUUACUUGCUUUUGAAGGCAUGUGUGCUAAAAGGCCCACUGAAGACUUUCAGGUGAUUAAAACCCACUUAUUCACCAUUUAUGAAAAAAGUUUAAAUUGGAAAAAGCUUCGGUUCAGGAAGGUAGGUGUUAACAUUUGCAGGCAAAACGAUUCCAUUCGACCUUUUAUUACAGUACAUAGGCUUGAUUUGUAUGCACGAGGUAGCGAAAUCAAUUAAGAGCCUAAUUAGCUUUUAAGGUCAUGGUAUGUUGUGUGCCUUACAGCACCGGUCUUGAUCAGCUUCAUUGAGUGGAGCAGUGCAUAAAAUAUUUAAGUCCAAUCCAGUUAACCGAAUGAAUCAUGAACUAAUGAUGUCAUGUUUUUACCUUAACAAGAUAGAAUCCCAAUGUUUCAGAAGGUCAGAUGCAUUUAUUCACAAGGAGCUAGAAGAUCCUCUUAAAACUGGCAAAUCUUCAAAACUGCACAUUGUUAGCGGAGAGAUGUGACAGCAUUGCUUUCUUUGAUUCUUCUCUCAUGUUGGAUGUGACUCUCCAGUUAAAUGUCACCGUUAAUGGGUAUGAGGAGGCUUGACAGACAGCCAGAGCUAGAGAGUUUGAAAUGUGUAAUCUGUGUCUCUAGCGAGGAGGCAGGUGAUUCCUGCAGCAGCUUUUUAUCAUUCAGAGUGCUGAGUGUGGAGGCUGCCUGCAGCUGUCCAUGCCUGUUUACUGCUGGGGGCAUUCACACCGGGAGCAGCAGCACCAAGCCAAGUGUUUGAACAGCAGGUAGUCAUUCAGGGCUGCUCUUUGCUUUAUGUGCUGCUCACACUAAGUGUUUAAAAUGGGACUUUCAGCAAAUUGCCUUUUUGGUCAUUAUGGAAAUUCAGAUCAUUGUUAUAGUAAAAUAAUUGUUAGGAGCAUCAAUCAAAAUAAUCAGCCGCUGGACCAUGUUCUUUUUUUUUAACUCUGAUCAAUACUGGUUAAACGUGUGAAAGCAAUAAUUCACAGCUCUAAUCUUUGUGUACCGUAUAAUAAGCUAUAAAGUGUUGAGGAAAUCCUCCUCCUGGCUUUAAUGUAAAUGUUUCAUCCCUCCACUCUGAAGUGCAGCAGUGUGAAAUCCCCUCAUGCAGCACACUGUAGGAUGUCGAGUGAAACUGACAGGGAUUUAUCAUUCAUAGUAGUUGAUAAAAGCUUCUUAAUACACACUAAAUAUAAAUCGCACUCAAACUGGGCAUGUCAAGAGUUUCCAACGUUUGCCAGCUGCGUAUUGUGUACAAUUAAUGGAACAAGGUGCUCCUCCAGCAUUUCAUCGGCCGCCAGCAGUGGCCAUCGUACGUGCAGACUGCUGUCAGACUGGACUAAUGUAACUUUGCACUUUUAAUAGCCGUGUGACCCAGUUGGAAUCCAAUAGAAUUAAAUCUAUACACAUUUAUAGCAGCUCCAGUUACAGCUGUAAGUCACUUGAGAUUACUUAUUAAAUGCUUUCUUAUGGUUUAUUCUCACUUCAAAUAACUAAAAUAUGUUCAAAAGGAGCGUGAUUCUUCCUGCUGGUGUCUUUGCUUUAAUGUCCUGACUGAAUAAAUGAAAAUUAAAUAUGAAGCCAAUGAUGUGUAGCUGCCUCGAUGGUGCAUUAAUUAGCUUGGUGAUGUUUUUUUCCCCCCUCAUUGUACAUUUAAUAACGUUGCGGACAAGCAAUUAAGUCUCCCUGGACUUUAAUCACUAUCUUCGGAUAGGAAGCAACAGUGUGACGUGUCAUAUUGCAUCCCUGUGAAAUACAGAUUGUCUGUAU